UGCAGAGCUCAGAACAGCACCAAGACAUCAAGCACCUACAGUAGUUACUGACAGCACUCCAUACUGGUUAAGUGAUCAUCACUACCGGCAAUCUUAACUGGUUACGCGAUCUUAACCGAAUCGUUUAUCACCAAUAUUAAGGUUAACUUCAAUGGAUUGUAAUGGGAUUCCAAAUGAGGUCUUACAAAAUGAAGAAUUAAUUAAAUACUUGGAGGAGAUAGCAAAAGACACUGCACUGCUACAUGGGAUAUUAAUGCGCACCAAAGAAUCUCCAAACUCUUCUGAGGUGGUGAGCUAUGCACCGUUUACACUCUUUCCCUCACCAGUGCCCAAAUCAUUCUUCCACCAAGCUCUCAAAGUCCAAACUCAUUAUAAUCGCCUAGUAGACAGAAUCAGUCAAAAUCCACAUUACCUGGAGGAGGCUCUAGCCAGCACCAUCAAAGUUGAUGAUUUCACUAAAAGACUCUUCAACAUUUACAGACAAGUUCAACAGGAGCCUCAGAGCAAGACAAUAGUUCUUGGACUGAAUCGUUCGGAUUACAUGAUUGAUCAGACAGCUGAUGGAAAAACCGCCCUAAGGCAAAUUGAAAUUAACACUAUUGCGGCCAGUUUUGGAGGCCUUUCCUCACGCACACCAGAUGUUCAUCGACACAUUCUUAAAGUUGCUGGUCGGUUAGAGGACAGUAAACUGAUUCUGGAUAACAAUCCAGCUGCAGGUCUGGCCAAAGGCUUGGCAAAGGCGUGGGAGCUCUAUGGCUCUGAAAAAGCUGUGGUGAUGUUUCUAGUUGAGGAUGUUCAAAGAAACAUUUAUGAUCAUCGAUAUGUGGAGAAUGAACUUUGGUCAAGAAACAUUCCUGUGAUUAGAAGACAGUUUGAAGAUGUUAGCAGAAGGGGAUCUUUGGACCAGAACAAAAAACUUUUUGUAGAUGGACAAGAGGUUGCAAUUGUUUACUUCCGUAAUGGAUAUGUACCUCAAAAUUACAAAACUGAACAAAGCUGGGAGGCUCGGUUAAUGAUGGAGCGCUCAUGUGCUGUGAAAUGUCCAGACAUAAGUACCCACCUUGUUGGCACCAAGAAGGUUCAGCAGGAGCUGGCACGACCUGGUGUCCUUGAGAGUUUCUUUCUUGAUGAGCCAGGAACAGUGGCUGAGAUCCGUGCCACUUUUGCUGGCUUGUACACGUUAGACAUGGGGGAGGAAGGAGACCAGACUGUGACAAUGGCUUUGGCCAAUCCAGACCGUUAUGUGCUGAAACCACAACGAGAGGGAGGAGGGAACAACAUUUAUGGAGAUGAGAUAUGCAGAGUGCUGGAACGCUUAAAAAACAGCUCAGAGAGAACCACCUACAUUUUGAUGGACAAAGUUCAACCAAAGCCCACAUACAACUACUUGUUGCGAAAGGACGAGCCAUUGAGGCUGAAAACAUGCCUCAGUGAACUGGGUGUUUUCGGAGCUUAUGUUAGGAAGGGUACAGAGAUGGUGAUGAACGAGUGUGUGGGACACCUACUUAGAACCAAAAGCUCAGAACAUGCAGAUGGGGGUGUUGCUGCUGGAGUUGCGGUGCUUGACAAUCCAUUGCUGGUUUAAAUCUCAACACCCUCUGUGAGAAGAGAAGGACUGCACAGAGCUACACACACAGGGCUUUCAUUCCAGUGUAACUUAUUCUGUUGUCUCACAGUAGAAAAUACCAGCACAAAUCAGAAAAACUUUGGGAAAGUGUGGAAAAUGCAAAUAAAAAUAUGCAGUGUUUCUUAUGUUUACUUUGACUUCUGACUUGCUCAUGGGACAUUUAAUCCAUGAUUAAGGUAAAUAUCUUGGUAUUUUCUGAUUUUGGCUGAUGUAGUGGGUUUACUUCUGGUGAACUGGUGGUAGGAGCUUCCUUACCUUUGUCUGCUUCAACAACUGGAAUCUUUCGUAGUCGCCAUCCAUUCUCAAAGACCCAACAUUGGCUAUAGUCAGUUAAGUAGUAAAAUAGUCACAAAGUGGUAAAAGCUUUACUGUCCCAACAUUUUUUAAAUGUGUUGCAGGCCUGAAAUGCAGGAAUGGAUGUUUAUUAAAAAAUGAAAUUAAGUUGACCAGAAAAAAGACUUUUUAAUUAAAUAUAUUAGGUUGAUUUUGUCUGAAAUAAAAAAAAGUCAAAGUAAAUGUAAGAAACACUGUGUCUGAAGGCUGAAAUAAAAGUAGGAAACACUGUGUUGAUAUAAUUUGUGAUUUAAAUAAAAAAAAAAAAUUA